AGUAAUUCCGUCAACAUGGCCUUCUUCGUUCUUUCUCGUCGAGCCGGUUCUCUCUCCUCGUCGUGUAAUAGCGCAUUCGCCGCCCGCUGUACGUUUAGUCCGCUUUUGUCGUCUUCGACUCUUGUAAGAAAUUUGUGCAAGAAAAUGGGUCUCCCGAGAGUAUUUAUGGACAUGUCUGCCGACGGUCAGCCCCUCGGUAGGAUUGUUAUCGAGCUCCGAAACGACGUGGUCCCCAAGACAGCCGAAAACUUCCGUGCGUUGUGUACUGGCGAGCACGGUUUCGGAUAUAAGGGUUCCACAUUCCACCGUGUGAUUCCGAAUUUCAUGUGCCAAGGUGGUGACUUCACCAACCAUAAUGGUACCGGCGGAAAAUCCAUCUACGGAAACAAGUUCGCCGACGAAAACUUCACCCUCAAACAUACCGGAUUCGGUGUGUUAUCGAUGGCAAACGCCGGCCCUGAUACCAACGGCUCGCAGUUCUUCAUCACCACCGUCAAAACCUCCUGGUUAGAUAACAGACACGUAGUGUUCGGCACAGUCGUCGAGGGUAUGGACGUUGUUAAGAAAAUCGAAUCUUUUGGCUCCCAGUCAGGCAAAACGUCGAAAAAGAUUGUCGUCGCCGAUUGCGGCCAGUUAUAAAUUAUAAAAAUGUUUAAUUUUUUUUAAUGAUUACUUAUAAGUUUACAGGUACACCCAUAUUUGAUGAUUUUUUUUAAUUUGGUUUUUCAUGUUUAAAUAUUUGCUGAUGUCAUUAUCAUUCCAUCUAGAUUGGUGUAUCAUGUAUUCAAAAAAUAAAUAAUGUUUCCAGUAGAACUUGUGAUCAAUUCGUCAGUUGUUUGCCACUAACUAGGUUUAGUGUAUGUCUGCAUUUAUAAUAUUUCUACUUCAGAUCUGCAUUGAAUGAUGUAAUAUUGAAUAAACCACAAUAAAUA